AAUUUUAUCAACAAAUAUCGCUCUGAUCUGUUCAGGUAAUCUACGAGUAUUGAUUAGAUACCAGGGCGGAAGGUAUACCGGUCAUAUGUGGUGCACUGCUGUAAAUUCUUAUUAUGGUAGGAAGCAGCAUGUCGAAUUUACGUGGACUCUUUCUUUUGGGAUGUAUUCUCUGUUGUUUGAAAGGUUCACUUACAGUUAGUUUGACUAUCACGACAAAUCCUGUAAACACUACCACUACCACUACUACAACUGCUACUACAACUACUGCAACUCCCACAACUACCACAACUCCCUCAACUACUAUAACUUUUACAACUACUAAAACUCCCACAACUACCACAGUUCCUACAAUUUCCACAGCUCCUUCAUCUCUGACAAUUCCCACAGUUCCCACAACUACCACAACUCCCACAACUACCACAACUCCCACAACUACCUCAACUCCCACAACUACUACAACUCCCACAACUACUACAACUCCCACAACUACUACAACUCCCACAACUACUACAACUCCCACAACUACUACAACUCCCACAACUACUACAACUCCCACAACUACCACACCUCCCACAACUACUGCAGCUACUGCAAAUCCCACAACUGCCACAACUGCCACAACUCCCACAACUACUACAACUCCCACAACUACCACAACUCCCACAACUACUACAACUCCCACAACUACCACAACUCCUACAAAUAUUACAACUCCCACAACUACUACAACUCCUACAACUACUACAACUCCCACAACUACCACAACUCCCACAACUACUACAACUCCCACAACUACUACAACUCCCACAACUACUACAACUCCCACAACUACUACAACUCCCACAACUACUACAACUCCCACACCUCCCACAACUACUGCAGCUACUGCAAAUCCCACAACUGCCACAACUGCCACAACUCCCACAACUACUACAACUCCCACAACUACCACAACUCCCACAACUACUACAACUCCCACAACUACCACAACUCCUACAAAUAUUACAACUCCCACAACUACUACAACUCCUACAACUACUACAACUCCCACAACUACCACAACUCCCACAACUACCACAACUACUGCAACUACUGCAAAUACUACAACCCCCACAACUACUACAUCUCCUACAACUACUACGACUCCCACAACUACCACAACUCCCACAACUACCACAACUCCCACAACUACUACAACUCCCACAACUACCACAACUCCCACAACUACUGCAACUACUGCAAAUCCCACAACUCCCACAACUACUAUAACUUCUACAACUACUGGGGCUCCUAUUCCUAAAACUACUACAACUCCUACAAUUCCUACAACUACUGCAACUCUUAUAACUUCUUCAACUCCUACAAUUACUAUAACUACUGUAACUACCACAACUCCCACAACUACCCCAACUACCACAACUUCCACAACUACUGCAACUUCCACAACUAUCACAACUCCCACAACUACUAUAACUUCUACAACUACUGGGGCUCCUAUUCCUUCAACUACCACAACUCCUACAACUACUGCAACUUCCACAACUACUGCAACUCCCACAAUUCCUACAACUACUGCAACUCUUAUAACUUCUUCAACUCCUACAAUUACUAUAAUUACUGCAACUCCCACAACUACUGUGACUCCUACAACUACUGUAACAACCGACGAAUAUCUAACGACUACAUCGGAAACACCACGGGAAACAACGGUGACUGAGGUUACAACUGCUGAAAUUAUAACGACGUCACAGAUACCCACAACUCUACCAGAUAUUGUAAAUCUAGAUGUAUUGAUAGAACACUCGCCGAUUAUUGAAGAACUUGAGCACGGCUUCGUUAUGUGUUCCUUCAAUUCUACACAGAAUUUCUCGAUUGGAACAGUCAACUUUACUUGGUAUAAGAAUGGAGUGAAACUGCAAAAUUCAUCAAUUUUGUCGAUCUCCUCAAAUUGUGACUUCAUAUAUUGUUCUUCAGCUAUAGAUUUUCGUCCAAUCAGCAUUCUUGUGGAAGGACUAUAUACUUGUAACGUGGAAGCAGACGUUCCUGGAAUAUAUUAUAACGGAACAGCAGAAAUGAAUAUAGAAUUGAAACAGAUGCCUGUUCUGGUGAUGCGGCCUAUCAGCACAGUUGUAGCGGAGACCGAAUCAGUUGAUAUCAACUGCCACAUCAGAAAUGUGGAGGAAGCAUAUUUUGAUUCAAAUGACACCAUGCUAAAGUUGUGCUUUGCCAACGGGACGGAAAUACAUAGGUUUACCGGAGACAUGUACAAUCAGUCUUAUCGAUUUGAUGGACGUUUCAGCGAGAAUUUUACGUGUGGGCUCGGAAACUGUACUCAAUUUGGGGUAUCCUCCAGAAUUACUGUGACGGGAAAAGAGACCACGUUAUGCCCUUCAGUCAAUAUAUGGCCCAGUACACUUUCAGAACACGACGCCACGGCCCCUUGUCCUUCCGGAUAUACAGGUACACAAAAAAGAACAUGUGGCAAAGACGGUAAAUGGGGGGAAAUAAAUGCAGAUACGUGUAAGCAAGAGAAGUUAGAGAAGUUAGAAAAUGCUUUGAACAUUUCGCCAAACAUCUCCGAAUCUAUGGUCGAAUCAUCUCUAUCAACUAUAUCUGAUAUCGUCAAUCAAACGUCCUCGCCUGGGGAAAAGGGCAUGGCAAGUGUGGAUAUCGUACAGAGCGUUAAUCUUAUAGCCAAGAUAUCACAGAAAAACAUCACAUUUACAGAUCAGAAGGCUGCUGAGAAAACAGCAGAGACAUUCAUGGGUGUUGUCAGUAAUCUACUGGGCACAGGAAAAGAUCACGUGACAACUAAGAACAAGACACAAGGGAAAGAAGUUACGGGUCAAAUAUUAUCGUCUGUGGACGGAUUCGCAAAGUCGGUAACGAAAGCUCUUACAGUGAAUCAGAGCGUAACAGUGAAGAGGGACAAUCUUUUGUUGAACAUCGAACGGAUUCCAAAACAGAAAAUAGUAUUUCCGAAAGAAACAGAAAAUGCAGUUGACGAUGGUACAAAGUUCACGUUACCAGAAGAUGCACUGGGAGACAUAACAGAUGUUGCAUUUACAGCUGUAAAAUAUGAUAAUUUUGGAUCAGAGUUUGAUACGGCAGGAAGUAGCAGGAAUUCAUCACUAGGCUCUAGCGUUUUAUCACUAACUCUGGAAAAUGUGAAAGAAAUUAUGAAAAAUAUCUCACUCACUUUCGAGCAAAAUUCCAGAAAUGCAUCAGUAAAUACCACGUCAGAGUGUGUCUUCCUAAAUAAACCAGAACACUCUUGGAACAAUACCGGAUGCAGUGUUCUUCAUUCCAACAGUUCAUAUACGACUUGUACGUGUAGCCAUUUGACCAGCUUUGCUAUAUUGAUGAGUGUAGACUUUGGUGAAGAUAAUAAGACACCACCACCGGAUGAUCAAAGGCUGACUAUGAUUUCUAAUAUCGGAUGCAGUUGCUCCAUCGUUGGCUCGUUGGCAACGAUUUUUAUUUACCUUUAUUUUUGGAGAUAUAUGAAAUCACGGCGUUCCGUCUUGAUUAUCAACCUUUGUCUGGCUAUGUUUAUCGCUUACAUGUUGUUUCUGUCAGCAAAGGACAAAACCGAAAACCAUAUUGGAUGUGUCGUUAUUGCUGCCCUUCUGCAUUACUUCUUCCUGGCUAUGUUUUGCAUCAUGUUGGCGCUUGGGAUCGAUCUUGCAGUAGCUGUACUUGAUGUGUUCAACUCCAGAUCAAGUUCUGCCUUUCUACUGCUAUUAGGCUGGGGUCUACCAGCUGUUAUUGUGGCAGUAACCUUGGGGGUAACAGAAACGCGUGGAUUUGGAAAUACGGAAGUUUGCUGGCUCGCGAGGACAACACGAUACGGAUUCAUUGUUCCAGCACUGGUUAUUAUUCUGAUAAAUUUUGCCAUUCUUGUUGUGGCAAUGAGAGCUUUGUUCUCUUCAUCAUUUAUGAUAAAGAAAUCAAUCAGAGAUAAAGCGAGGAGCGGAAUACGAGGAACAUGUGCGUUAUUACCUGUCCUUGGAUUAACCUGGGUAUUCGGAAUUCUCUACAUAGAUGAAAAUACGAUUAUUUUCGGGUAUCUGUUUGCUGUAUUUAAUUCAUUACAGGGACUGUUCAUUUUCCUAUUCCAUGUCCUGUUAAACAAUCAGGUUCGAAAAGCAAUAUCAAGAAAAAUACAGAAAUAUGAAUCAAGAACACUAACAACAAAAUCAUCGAAACAUAAGUCUGAAUCCAAAUCAAAUUCUAAAGAUCUGCACAGUGAUGAUGAGGUUAAAGAGUCCCAAAACAACUCCGGCGUGGUUCUUCUUCCAAGAAUCAAUCUGUCGAAUCCAGUUCGCCGAACAACAUACACAUCAUUUUAACUUCUCAAUGGCUAUGUUCUUCAUUUGUUGUCAAUUUCCUGAAGGAUACAUACAUCUGUAUUGUUGUGACAUGAACUACUUGUAAGCAGAUUUUUUAAAGAUAAAAUUGCUUAGUGGACAAAGCGUGUAUUUGCAUGAAUGUCGAAUACUGUUCCUAUAAUGUAAAACCUAUACGGUACCAAUUUUGAUGCACCAGAUGCGUAUUUCGACAAAUAAUGUCUCUUCAGUGAUGCUCAACCGAAAUGUUUGAAAUCCGAAAUAACUAUGAAGUUUUGGAGCUAAAUAUAGCCAAAAACAGCGUGCCAAAAAAGUGGAGCCAAAUUCGUCCAAGUAUAAGAGCUAUGCAUGAGGGAGAUAAUCCUUAAUUUUGAAAUGAAUUUCUAAAUUUUAUAACAGCAAUUAAAUAUACAUCCACAUUUUCAAGCUAGUAACGAAGUACUUAGCUACUGGGCUGUAGAGACCCUCGGGGACUAACAGUCCACCAGUAGAGGCCUCGACCCAGGGGUCAUAAUGUAAAACUUAUACGGUACCAAUUUUAACGUCUGAACCCUCACCUAUUCUACAUGUCUGUUUAAGGUCUAUGUUGUAAUUCCUCAUCAGAUGCUUUGUUUAUAUGGAUACCUCUGAUGAAUGUAACAAGUAAAUCAAGUACCAUAUUUGUUUUUUAAUUAUUCAAUUAUUUAUCUAGUUUGUAUAGCAUGUUUUGUUGCAUUUUGUAUUUAGAAAAAAUCACACAUUUAUUUUUGCAUAAUACUGUUGUCUUGUUAAAACAUUGUAUAAAUUGAUAGAUAACUCACAUUUCAA